CGUCCAGCGAGGCUUUAGCCCUGCGAAACAACACACAGCACAGCACGCCGCCGCCGCUCGCCGCCCACUUCUCUCCUACCUCCCCUCCCCUCUUUGCUUCUCGCGUAGGGGUUGGAAUCCCAUGGCGCUGUCGUCCGAGAUCCGCUUCGGCCACCAGAUCCCUCUCCCCCACUCCAGCACCGACUGCUACGAGGAGGAGGAGGAGGAGGAGGAGGAAGAGGAAGAGGAAGAGGAAGAGGAGUUCGAGGGGGAGGAGGAGAUGGAUGACGUGACGUUCUCGUCGCCGCUGAUGCUGCCGGCGACGGCGGCGAGGGGAGGGGUGUCCGUGGUGGAGAUGGUGGCGGGGGCGCUGCGGAGGUCGCUCAUGCUGUGCAGCAGCAGCGGCACCGGCGUGCGCGAGGCGGCGCCGGAGGAGGACGGGCCGGCGGCCGCGGGGAUGCAGAUAGGGGGACCAACGGACGUGCGCCACGUCUCGCACGUCACCUUCGACCGCUUCGUCGGCUUCCUCGGCCUCCCCGCCGACCUCGAGCCCGACGUGCCCCGCCCCGUGCCGAGCGCCAGUGUAAGUGUAUUUGGAGUUUCUCCAACUUCCAUGCAAUGCUCGUAUGAUAGAAGAGGAAACAGCGUGCCAACAAUACUUUUGACCAUGCAAAGGAAGUUAUAUUCACUUGGGGGUCUUCAGGCUGAAGGGAUAUUCAGGAUAAAUGCAGACAAUAGCCAGGAACUAUAUGUGAGGGAUCAACUAAACAGGGGAGUUGUUCCAGAUGGUAUUGACAUGCACUGCCUUGCCGGACUGAUAAAGGCAUGGUUUCGGGAACUUCCAAGUGGAGUUCUGGACUCGUUAACUCCAGAACAAGUGAUGCACUGCAACACUGAAGAAGAAUGUGGCCACCUUGUGAGUACACUACCUCCUGUGGAAGCAGCACUACUUGAAUGGGCCAUCAAUCUGAUGGCAGAUGUUGUGGAAAAUGAAAGGUUCAACAAGAUGAAUGCUCGCAACAUCGCUAUGGUUUUUGCACCAAAUAUGACCAAGAUGGCGGACCCCUUGACGGCUUUGAUACAUGCAGUCCAAGUGAUGAAUUUCCUGAAGACAUUGAUCUUGAAGACUGUAAAUGAAAGGGAGGAGGCAGCCACAGUAGCCAGGGCAUUCCCGUCUAGCUCUGGUUCCCCAAGUGACAAAGAUGAACCUCAAACUUUAGAGCAUUUGGACAUGCCCUCCAUCUGUUCAAGCCAGCGAAAUGCUGAUUCCCCUAUAAUUGAUGCAGCUAAGCUUGAUCAGUUCCUUUUUAGAGUGGAAGAAGCUCUUCAUCAUGAGACGCAAGAUAGCACAGGUGGAGCCAAGAAUCAUGGUGGUAGUAGGGGCAAUGACAAAAGCAAUGGUGAAAUGUCUCCCUUGGACACUGAUUUGAGCAGCCAAAACGAGUUCAAUAACAACAAUGAGGAAGGUCUCUUUGACAGAUUUAAAUUUAGGAAAGGAGUAGGGAGGCUCUGCAGACACCCUGUAUUUCAGUUCAGUAGGUCCAUGAAAAAGGCCGAUGAAGCAGAGCAAGCUUGUGUAUGAUAUGUAGAGUGUGCCUGUGUAGUUGAUAACGCCGCUAUUUUCCGCAGCUUGUUUACUGUGUAGAUCGUCAGCUAUUCUCGUAGAUGGUGUGCCAAGAAGCUAUUAGCCCAUUUAUUAGUACUGAUGUGGAGCUCUUUGGGUGUAUAUGUCAGUUGUUCACUUCUCACCGUCCUAAUUGUAUUAAGCCAUAGUGCCCUGUGGUUCUACUCUAAAUCUAGUGGUUAUUGAU